UGCUAAAACCGGUUUUUUUUGAGUGUAUGUGUGAUGAUUAGGAAGACCGCGUAUGUAGAACUACUUACAGACAUCGCUUCACAAUCCAUCCGUGACCAGGGGAAGCGAGGUCAGCCAGCUUAUACGUUGAGAAAGAGUUCAUCAAAGAUGCAAUAUGGCUUGGCGCGCUAGUGUGGGCUCUUCAAUACGCUUGCCUACAUCCUCCCGCUUAAAGACCUGAUAUAAAAGAGCCGGCAUCAUGGACUGGGCUCAAAUGAAAACUGCCGAGACCAUCGGCGUGGGCUCGCGCGUCAACUCCCCAAUGCUGACGGAGCACUCGCAGUGUGACUCAAACAAGGAGGUUGACUCUCAGGAGGCGGAGGGCCAGAUGGCGUACCAGUGUGGCAUGUUUCUCAACAAGCUCAAGCGGGGCAUCGUCAACCACACCAGCUCCCACGGUAGUAACACAGCCAGUGAAGAGGGCCCACAGCAGGGCAAGGACAGUCAUGCGGCCAUCAUCUGCAAGAGUUCCGACUGGUCACAGUUCGAGGGGGUUCUAGAGUCAGAUUUUUUCAACGCUGGAGGAGAGGGGAAGGCGUGCAAGUUUCUCAGGGAGGUAGCUCUGGUACUUAUGCAAUACUACGUGGCAGAGAUGGACAGAAAGACGAAGGUCGUCGACUUUCAUCACCCUCAUCAGCUGCGCGAGAUGAUGAGUCAUUGUCUAGAUAUCGACGAGACGCCGCGAGAUUUGGAGCAGCUGCUUAGCGACUGCAAGGAAACGCUGAAGUACUGCGUGAAGACCGGACAUGGUCACUAUAUUCAACAGCAGCUGUCCACUGGCAUAGACGUGGUGGGUGUUGCCGGGGAGUGGCUGACCGCCAUCGCCAACACCAACAUGUUUUUUCUUUACGAGGUGGGCGCAGUGUACCUGAUGGAGAUUGUGGGUGCUUUCGACCUGCUGGGAGAAAAUUGUUGGGAAAACGAAGGCGAAGGGAUCUUUGCUCCAGGUGGCGCUGUGUCCAAUUUGUACGGCGUCCUCAUUGCUAGGCACAGUGUUUUCCCCAAAGCCAAGGAGGAGGGGAUGCCGUGGGGUGUGUGCCCCGUUGUGUUUACAUCCGAGCACAGCCACUUCUCCAUAAAGCGAGCAUGCGCACUUCUUGGUAUUGGUACCAAUAACUGCAUCCGGGUUCGCUGCGAUCACAGGGGUAAGAUGCUGGUGGAAGAGCUAGAGCAGCAUAUCCUGGCGGCCAAGGCAGCAGGCAAGACUCCUGUCAUGGUCAACGCCAUGUGCGGAACAACCGGACUGGGCGCCAUCGACCCGCUCGACGCCAUCGCCGACGUCUGCCGCACCUACGGGAUUUGGAUGCAUGUGGAUGGAGCUUGGGGAGGUGCCUUGUUGAUGUCACGCGAUCAUAGGUACUUGAUGAAGGGCAUCGAAAGAGCCGACUCGAUGACGUGGAACCCACACAAAAUGAUGGGUGUGCCCUUGCAGUGCUCUGCCAUCCUAUGUAAACGCAAGGGGAUUCUGCAAGCAGCCAAUCAGAUGAAGGCCGACUACCUUUUCCAGCAAGACAAGCACUACGACCUGAGCUGGGACACUGGGGACAAAACCAUCCAGUGUGGUCGCCACAAUGACAUCUUCAAAAUGUGGCUGAUGUGGAGAGCAAAGGGAGACGAAGGGUUUGAGAGACAAGUCGUCCACAACAUGGAGAUGGCGAAAUAUCUGAAAGACAGAGCCACUGAUCAUAAGGGAUUCCACAUUGUCAACACCGAGCUUGACGCACCCAACGUUUGCUUCUGGUACUUACCCGAGGCUUGGCGUCAUAUACCCUUUGAACAAAUCAAAAAGGAACAGAUUACAAAAGCUCUCAUGAUGGAGAGUGGUACCACCAUGGUGCAGUAUCAGCCGCUGGGCACCAUGCCAAACUUCUUCCGGGUGGCCGUCUCCAAUCCCAUCCUUACCACCCAAGACAUGGACUUCCUUGUUGAUGAGAUUGACCGUCUUGGCAGGGAUAUCCCCUACCCCAUCCUCGACGCCUAGCAAGCGUUCAGAAGCACGGAGUUCCUUCCUCUGCAGAAGAGUCGUUUUUGUAAAAUAUUCAUUUCGUCCUGGAAUUUGAGAGGUGGAGAAGAUAAAGGUUUACCUUUAAAAUCAUUGCAUAUAGUGAUCUAGACAGUUUAAGCACAAGAUUGAGCGUAUUCGUAUUUUUGAGGAUUUUCAUUUCUUUUUGUAUUUUUUGGUGGAUGGGUAGGUAAGUGGGUUGGGGGGGGGAGAAUUAGAUUUUAACCUCCCUGACGGAAUCACACACGGAAUUGAACAGUCAUUCAUCAUCUAGCAGUCUGACAGCAGUUAUGCCGAGAAACAGAAUUUUCUUGACCGCGACUUUCACAGCUUUUGAUGAUGUACCAUGAACUUUAUCUUCUAGAUUUACAGACAACUAUUUCCCGCUCACUCAUAAAAGAAAUCCUUUGUGUUCAGUGCGCGUUGGAAAAUCAUAAUUCUUAUGGGGCAGGCAAACAUGCUUAUUUACAGAAAUUCCUAGCCCCCCCCCCCCAACCCCUCUAUGAAAUAAACUUUCUCAGUGUUCAGUGUGAGACUGAACGAAUACAUGCGGAGUAGCCUGUUUUUUCGCGUGACCAGUCGCGCAGUAACAGUCGAGAUGUCACGCUGGGUGACUGUACGUAGAAGUAGCUGCCACAAAUCCUUGGCAACAAAGCCGUCGGAAUCGUCAGAAAUUCUGUUCUUUUUUGUUGGUUUGACCUUUCACGGUGGUGUCGUCGGUAGUCAGAAAAUGAUGGUUAGUCGGAUCAUGACGCUUAAACUAGAGGUACUCGUUGUUUCGUGUUCAUUUAAAUACAAAGGGAUGUAAAUCAUGUAAUUAGAGGGCAACGAGCAGGGAUAGCAACAUAUUUGUUCAUAACAAACUUCACUAGUAAUGAACUUUUGUUAAUCCGCUUGAACAGCUAUAAAAACUGUGACGGAAUAUUUUUUAUGUUUUGAGCGUUGUAACAAUUCACUUCAGGAUAUAAAUAUUGUAUUCUUGCUUUUUUUUUUUAGCUCACUAUGUAACUGAGGGAAAGUCUUCAUUGCUCUCAGUGUAGUUUAACAACAGCGUGAAACGAAGAAAAUGCCCAAGGAUUCAAAGAUUUUUUUUCUGUAUAGUGGUUGGUAACGUCCUGUGUGUUUAUAAAGGGUGAGCGAUUUGACUGUCGAGAAACGCGGUAGCUUGAUGUGGCAAUCAUGUAUUGCAAGUUACCUCCAUGAUUGUCAUUUGUGGCUUCACAAACUUGUCACGCCUCGCCGCGCAGUGCUGGUGUGAAAUUGUCUGCAGUGGGCAAGCUGCUUUGGCCAGCUCAGCAUUUUGCAUACUUUUUUGUGACCAAUUUUCGUCGAGAAAGUCCUCCGACGUUGAUUUGUGAACUAGUGUCUGAAGUUUGUUUAGGCUUAGGCCGCGUGCCGACUCGUUGCUGUUGUUGUCUUUUCGAUCAGGAACACCAUGCCUUCUGUCUUGGUGUUGUUAAUGACUAACCCAAUAGACCGCAAUAACAGACCCGGCGUCCGCCAUGUCUCGCUAUGUAUCGAUACUACGUCAUAUCCUGUCCUCACCUGUAGUGUGUGCUGUGACCAUUAACAUUUUAGAGUUUGGGGAGACUCCUGUCGCACAGGAGCAGGAACUAUGUAGAAUAGGUGGCUAAACUCUGGCUGUACAAAGCAUGAAAUUCUUGUCUCAUGUUUGUGAGCAGGUUAGCUUAGUGCUUGGCGUUAGGUGUCCAACUGAGGCCGUAGUGUUGUUGAUCUACUGGGCACACAUUUCUUCCGGCAGGUCGUGUCGUUAGAUAUUGGAGGGCGACUAAGGGUACAUGCUAAGUUAAAAGGAUUUGCAUGAAGAACCUGGCACUGAAGUCGGAGUCACAUGGUUUGCACGAAGAAGUGUUUGAAACCGCAUUGAAGUCCAGAUGAGCCGUAAACAACGCGAGGCGGGACGGUUUUAAAUCGGACAACUCGUUGUUUGUAAUGACACAAGGGCCGUUAUGCGUAGGAUAAGUUUUAGAAAGUACUGUUCUACAACAACUGCCAUAAUCACAAUGUGUUUUCGCAAGUAGAGUAUUCAGAAGAGCAAGAAAAACGUUUGCUUAACUUGCUGAUUACAGAAAAAUGUUUGCGAAAAGUUAAAUUUAAGAUAACAUGUUCGGGAAACAAAUUGAUAAUUUAAGGAGGCGUAUUUGAGGAAGACAACGGUAUACUCGGACACAUUACCAACCUAAAAACACAAAGGGGACAGUUUUUGUUCUUUGAAGUCCCCAUGAUGGUCGCCUUACAUAUUCUAUCUUGAUCGAAUGGUUUCUCCGGUGAAAUAGCUGAAUAGCCUACCUGCUAAUGUUAGCGACAUGAAAGUAGCAGUAGUCGUUUUUAGAUCUGUCUGUUUUAACAUUUACAGGUAUUUUGUUUUCUUUUUACGUUUCGUUUUUAUAGAUUUUUCUUAAUAUAUUCACUGUAUUAAACAGUUUCUGUUUUGAUUCAACAAACAUUGUAAUCUUUUUUUUUUGUCUCAAAGCUUUGCUUGUAUAGGCAUGAUAUUUUUUCUCGAAAAUUUGGUAAGCUUAAAGAUUAUUGUAUUUUAAUCCAGGGCGUUCAUGACUUUGUGUUAGGGUUGCUCGUGUUCAGAAUAUUUUAUGAGAACAGUAUGGGGCACUGAAAAAUGCGACAUGGAACAGUAGAAGAUUUGAUAUUGUUAUCAAGAAAAGAAGAAUGAAGAAAAUGUGUCAUACAAAACAUUACCAGAUUCAAAUCAACAAAAAUACAAUUGCCAAAAUUCUUUAAUUAUAUUUUUUAGAUGUCAGUUGUUACGAAAAUAAUGCCAGAACCAGUCUUAUACUGGAGUACGACAAAGCUUUACUGAUUUCAGCGUAUUGUGCGUCACGGACAAGGUGUUUACCGACUGUGGCUCUGAAAUAUCCAGCCUCGGCAGCUUGUGUUUCAAUAAAAAGUUCUUCAUGUA